UUUGAUUUGAAUUUGAUCCAACUUGUUUCUCGUCUUUUGUUGGUUUCAAUUAAUGCCUUUUUAUCCAACAAUUUCUUUUAACAUUUAAUCACAAUACCUUCUAUUUCCAUUUCAUUCUGAAUCGUAUAUCUAUCUAUUUAAUCUCGUUAAUCUCAUCUAUCUCAUUUCCUAUAAAUAUCCAUGCUUAUACUCAUACACACACACACACACAUAUAUAUAUAUAUAUAUAUAGUUUGAUCUUUAUUCAAAAAUAAAAAAAUUAUCAUCCACCUAUAUUUAUAUAAUAUUUAUAUAAUAUUUAUUAAAUAUUUAUUAAAUAAUUACUACAUCACUUGAAAAUGAAUAACCUACCCAAUACAACCUCCUUCUCAAAACUAUUGCAGAAAAACCUUUCAAACAAUCUUCCUGCUGUUUCUCCAAAUUCAAUCCCAAAUAACUCUGAUUCCUAUUUUACUAUAACCCAAUCACAAAGAACCCCACAACAGUUCCCAAAUAUUCCCGCCAUCACCACCACCACCACCACCAAUAAUAAUAAUAACAAUAUUAAUCUCAAAAUCCCUGAUCUCUCUCACAACAUUUCCUACAUUCUACCAAAUAACUUCAAAUCUAAAUCUAACUUGAACAUCAAAACUAACCCAUCCUCCUUCAGAUACUCCUUCUCCCAAGUCAAACUCAACCAAUUAGCCGCCGAUGUUUACCAACCUCUAAGCACACACAAUGUUCAAGAACUAAGAGAUGGUUUCUUUGAUUCAAUCUAUUCAAGCAGAAAAAAAUCUUAUAAGCGCUUAUUAAACGUAAUCCACGAUCUCGAUCCAAUCAAUUGCUCAACAAACUCCAAUCCUCCUACCAACUCUAUCAAGCCUAACAAAUGGCUCGACUUCAACCUCCAUUUCAAUUACAAAAAAUACCAUCUAUUCACUAAAAUAUUCAAAGUCUUUAUUGCCUAUUUCAUUUCAAUGACCAUUUGCUUGAUUCACCCCUCAGGAAACUGGCUAGGGCCUCAGAGAACUUUCCUACCCCUAGCAAUGAUAAUCCACCACCCUUAUCAUUCCUUUGGAACUCAAUUGGAAAUAUCCUUCCUCUCGCUCCUUGGUGCCUCCAUCGGUCUAUCCAUCUCAUGUUUAUCUCUAUUUAUUGCAAAUACCAACAACACCGUCGCACUGCAUUCAGGUGGAAUUCUAUUCAUGUUCUCCUUUCUAUCAAUUUACUCACUAAGCUUUCUAAGAUCAAAAUUCAUCAGGUUUUAUUACCUCUCAAUCACCUCAGGCAUCACAAUCCUCUUUAUUUUAUCCGACAACGUUUUUUCAUCAAAAAUUACAAUAAACUAUUCAAAUAUUUGCUGGAAUUUUUCAAUCCCCUAUCUUUUGGGAAUUCUAAUAUCCUUACUCAUCAACAUACUUGUUUUUCCUGAUCUAUUUCACGAUAGUCUACUACUAUCAAUUCUCUCAUCUUUGCAAUCAAUUAAAAACAUCUUAAUUCUUUCAAUUAACUCAAAAUUGCAAUCUAAAAUCAAUCAAUUCAAUAACUCUAAUACCCAUAUUAAUUCUACUAAUCCAACGAAUAUAAACCAAUCUCAUAACUCAUCAUUCUACCAUCUUAAUGAUACACUACAACUAAAAUCAAAUACAGAUUUGAAUACAAUCUCCAACACUCCCGCCAAAAUUGAUAAUUCCACACUAAACACAGACACCAAUUAUAUCACUAUAAUCAUAAACCACUUGAACUGGUCAAUUGUACAAUUGUCCGAAAAUUUUAGAGCCUUUUCAAACGAGAUCAUCAAAUUAUCCGUCUUUGAUCAAAACAGUCUAAUCUCGAUUAGAAAUGGUAUUAAUUAUAUCAUUGCUCCAUUAAGAGCCAUGCCCUACAAUUCUAUUUUAUUUCAAGGUAAAAUCCAAGAUUUUUCAAACUCAGAUUUACUAAAUAAACAACACGACGAAUUUCAAAACAUUUAUGCUGCAUCAAGUUUACAAACUUCAAACAUAAAUUCUCCAAUCUUUUCUGGUUCGGCGACUCCCAAACUCACAAAUUAUAAACCACAAUUAGUUUUAAAUUCAAAUUCAAAUUCAAAUUCAAAUUUUAAUCUUAAUUUUAAUUCAAAUAACUUUAACCUAUUAAGUUCUGAAAUAUUUUAUAUAACUGUUGUACAAAACUACUUUAAAAAACCUGCCAUCCGUUUAGUAAUAAGUAUGAUCAAAAUAGUUGAAUUCAUUCAAAUCCUUUUAAUUAAAUUCGGUAAAUUAGACAUCAAUUCCCAACAAUUAUUAAAUAAAUUCACUCUAGAUUCAAACACAAACAAAUACUUACAAGUCCCUGAUAAAGAUAAAGACCAACUAAUAGAAACUUUUAAUAAAUUGAUUAAAAACUUGAAAAAAGAUAUUACUAAAGUGGAUUAUGCGUACAGAUCAUUUACAAAAACAGACUACUUUUGCAGAGAUUUAUUACAAAAUCCAAAAAUUAGUAGUAGCUUUUUAUUUUUACGUUAUCAAAGACAGGCUGCAAAAGCAAUUUUAUUACUCUGUUCAACAUUACUAAAAGCAAUUGAACUAACUAAAAAAUUGACAUUUGGUUGGAAUUUCUUAUUAAUCAAUUACCCAAUAAAAAGAGCUCUAAAUAGAUUAUCAAAGCAAUGCUAUAAAGACCAAGGUAUCGAGUCAAUUUUUAAUUAUUAUCAAACCAAAAAUGAUGUUGAUGAUGCAUUUGAAAGAAUUUACAAUCUAAACACUUCAAAAUUUUCAAAACAUUCUAAAAAUCAAAAUAAUAAAAACCUUAAUGAUCAAAAGAAAUUCAAUACUAGACUUGAAAAAAUUGAAAAUACAGAUGAAAUUUUUUAUAAAAACAACGUUAGAGCUAUGGAUCAUAAAGAUUUUAAUUUUCAUGAUACUUCAAAUUAUUCUUCAAAAUUUCAAUAUAAAUUGGCUAUUUUUUUCAAUUAUUUUGUGAAUAAAGAAGCCAAAUACGCAUUUAAGAUUUCUUUUGUCUUGGCAUUUUUAUGUUUGCCUGGAUGGAUUUAUCCGGAAUCUUGGUAUCAAAAUUACAAUUGCUGGUGGUGUCCAGUUCUUGUAUAUAUUUUUUACAAUCCUAUAAUCCCUACCAAUUUAAAUAAGAUUUGUUCAAGAGUAAUAAUCUGUGUAUUUGGAAUAUUUUUAUCAUGGGUGUCCUGUGUUAUUCAUUCCAAUUAUUUGGAAUAUAAAUCACCAUACAUCAUAUUAUUAAUCGGUAGUUUAUUUGUAAUUCCAAUGCUUUUCAGAUUUUUGCUUUUCGAUCAUUCAAGAUCAGGUUUCAUUGGAAUGAUUACAUUUUCUAUUGUUUCAUUAGAAAUUUACAUCAACUCUGAAAAUUCAAUUGGAUCUAUUUGGAAAACAAGCUGGAUAAUAGGAAGUUGCAUCAUUAUUUCGGUCAUCACAUCAAUAGCUAUGAAUUGGAUUUUAUGGCCAUUUAUCGCGAGAAAUGAAGUUCGAAAAUCAUUUGCGCCAUUAUUAUUAUUUUUGUCUCAAUGCUAUCAAUCGAUUGCUGACAGGUAUCUUUAUCGAGAUUACUAUGACGAUCCAACUGAGCUUACCUUUGAAUUGGCUAAUAUCCGGGAAAUCAGAAUGUUACAAUUACUAUAUUCAAUCAAAGAUUUGAUCAAAAUGUUUAAAGUUCAAAAUAAUCAUUUUUUAAUUGAUCUUUACAAUGGAGAGAUUGAUGGUAAAGAUAAUAAAAAUCUUGAAGUGGAGGUGUAUAUCAAGUUAAUAAAUUCAUGCAAUUUUAUAUUGGAAAAAAUUAUUGAAGCAAGAAUGGCAGGAAUCUUUUUUCACGUUAAAAUUAGUUCUGAGGAUUCAGAGGCUAAUAAGAAGUUAUUAAGUCUUAGAAGAGAUUCAGUUGCGUCAGUUAUUUUUAUAUUACAUAUAAUUCUGAGUUGUUUCAAGACUAAUGAUGAGAUUCCAAUUUAUUUACCAAGUUCAAUUAGUUUAAGAAAAAGACUAUUUGACGCUAUAUUUAAUGAAUUAUCGGAAAAUUUCUCAUCAGACGAUCUUAAUAAAAAUGAGAUGAGUGAUAAUAAUGAAAAAACUGACUCAACAGAUUCGACUAAUGAAAACAGUGAAACAGAUAAAAAUUUCCAAAAUGAAAAAUUGGAAGAGUAUGAACAUGUUCAUUGGAGUGAAAUUCAUGGGAUGGCAUUUUCUAAAGCGUUUACAGAUAUCACUGAGGAAUUGAGCAAUAUUAUUCAAUAUUCCAAAAUUCUUCUAGGUGAAGAAGAGUUGGGAAUUUAAUCAUUUGACUGCAUUUUUUUUUUUUUUAUUUUUUU